AUGGCUACAGAGACCGCCGCAGCCUCAACAACGUCGCUCCAAGUUACCAAUGACGACGCCCGAGGGACACUGAUCGUGUCAGCUAGUACGGGAGCCACGCCAAACGGAACCGCCGAUGUUGAGCAGCUGCGCUGGGUGGGGUCCCAGUUCAUCUAUUUCCUCGACAUACCCUGUGUGGAGAUUUAUGCAUAUCCCUCUUCACCCUCUACAAGCAGCGACGAGCCGAACGAAACAGAAUCUGACGACCCGAGCGAGACAGAAUCCGAUGAACCGAGUGGGACGGACAGCUCCGACUCGAGCUCGCGACCUUGCAUACGAUCAGCGGAGUUCGUUCGCACACUGAUCGAAGGUGUCAUGGACAUGGAAGUUUCAAUGGACCAUCUGGAACGGCGAGACGAGGCCGAGAGGAAGAUCAUCUCCGGAGACAACCUCGCCCGGCUUCUCAUUCCCUGGGCCCGUGGGCUGCUACUCGAAAGGGAGCACCUUGCCCUCGAUCCAGUGCAUCUUGAACAUGGCCGAAGAGCGAAGAGUGUCCUGUUGAGAGAGAUCCAGGCGUUCGACGACGCUGCCCAACAGGUAUGUCCCCUAGACGACGAGGUUUUGUAUUCACUGGGGGCGUUCUUGAUAUGCGUAUCUAAAUGCGCGAGCGUGGCCUAUGGCGACGACAAAGCGUUUGGCUGGCUCGACAACACUAGGGUCAUGGAGGAUCUGUACUAUGUCGUCCGUCGGCGACUCGAAAGCAGCUGGGGAAGUUGGAUGGCCGAUGAGAUGGAACGGGUCCUCGAUGCGGGCAUACCCUUCAUUGCCUACGCGACUUCCUGCCAACCUACCCUGAACAAGGUCGCUACGCGGACGGGAAUUAUCAAUAUGGAUCGUGACCCCAAGAAUAUUCCCCAUGUCGCACCCGGGUGCACAUGUGCCCUCGUCAAGCCCUCCAUGGACGCCGUGCGCACGUCGUACUCAGAAGAUGACGUGCCUGCAGUCAUUUUCGACGGAAACGGACUCACCGUGCGCCCUGCAUCGAAGGGCCCUUAUGUCGCAAUUUCCCACGUAUGGGCGGACGGCUUAGGCAGCUCGACCGAGCACGGGCUCCCCCUGUGUCAAGUCGCGCGACUCGACGCUCUCGUCCGGAAGCUCGUCCCGGAUGGCGCGUUCUGGCACGAUGGACUGUGCGUCCCGUCGCCGAAGACGCAGAGACCAACCUGGCAACGCGCGAUCAGGCUCCUCGCGCGAAUCUACGCUGGGGCAGACAAAGUCCUUGUCGUCGAUGGCGGCGUCCGUACGCAGUGCUCGCUGGCGAAGCCUGUCGAGGAGUGCUUGCUGAGGAUCGCGACGUCGGGCUGGGCGCAGCGCAUCUGGACGCUUCAGGAAGGAGUGCUUGCCCGCGAGCUCUACUUCGAAGUUGCGGACGGCUUCAUCGACUGUUCGCACUUCGACGGCGACGCGUCUUUCAUCACCUCCUGUCUCAUCCCCACCCUCCGAUAUCGUCGCUACGACGGCGAUUCCAAGUUCCAGCGCCGCCUGUCGCAGCGACCACGCUGCAGUCUGAACGACCUCAUCCGGCUCAUGCGGUUGCGCUCCGUCACCUGCCCCGAAGACGAGCCUCUGGCAAUCGCGGGGCUGCUUGGGAUCGAUGCAGCACCGCUCGCAGAGAUCCGAAAUGGAGAGGAGAGGAUGAGAGCGCUCCUUCUGGAGGUCCGGGAAGUGCCCCGGAACCUCUUCUUGUUCGGAUGGUCCGCCAAACGGCUCUCGAUACCGAACUUCACCUGGGCGCCUGCAUCGCUCACGGCGGUGUACUGGCCUGGAGAACGGGACGACGUCGCGAUCUGCACCGAGGAAGGGCUUCUGAGUGACGUGACGGUGGUGCGCUUCCCCAGUACGGUGGGGCAGGUCUGCGGGAUGCUUCGAGUCGUCGAUACCGUCGAAUCGACCUUCCAGGAAGCGCGUUCUGGAGAGCGUGACUCAGGAGAAGAAUUCCCCCAGGUCUUCGACGCGAAUGGCACCGCCUACUGCGAGCUCGAGCUGUCGCCUCGUGUCAACUCCGAAGUCAUCUUCAACGGGUUCUUAACGAACUGUAAGCCGGAGGCUCUAGUGCCGAUUCGAGAGUACGCUGUCGCCAUCGUGUACAUCGAAUCGAUCUCGUAUCAAGCUACUCUCGGAGGGGACACCAGACUUCGUUGCAAGUAUGUUGGGCCGGGCAGGGUGAAAUGGUCUACAUCGGUGGCCGGAUCAGUUGUAUCGUUGGGUGAGGGUGCUUCUGUGCAGGCCACCGUCGAGAUGACUGCGGUGCGGGUGACUUGA